GUGGCUACGACUGCGGCUGCAAACGGGUUUCAGUCGAUUGCGGUGCCUCAGAGGCGAUACACGACGAUAUUCGAUAUUCGAGAUUCGAAAUUUGAGAUUUGAGAUUUGAGAUUUGUGACUUAAGAUUCGAGAUCCACAAUUGCGAUGACUAAUUCACUGACCAUCGCCGUAUUUUUGGCUAGCCUGUGCCUCUUCGCCAGCUUUGGCCAAAUGCGAGCAGCCUCCAUUGUCUGCGGAUCGGAAGCAAAGUCUGCAGAGGAUGCGGACUCGGUGACCACUCCCAGUCCCAGUGAGGUCAACAAGUUCGUCCACAGCCUGCAGUGCACGCUGGAGAAGGCCAAGCCCUGGAUAGCCAACAUCGAGAAGGAGGCCAAGAUAUUGGAGGAGAAGGCCAGGGAUGUCACCAGAUCGCUCUUCCAGCGCAUAAAUAAGCUGGUCAAUGUGCUCGCCUCGCCGGCCAACUCUGAAAAGGAUAUGGAAAAGGACAAGGAUGAGCAGAAGGAUAAGGUACCGGAGGAGGUCGGCACCACAACCACCACUUCCACAUCGGAGGCAACCAGCUCGUCCAAAAAUGAUCUUAAGGAGGAACUGACCACUUCUGCGCCCCCCGUUCACUUGGACUGGCUGGAGGAUCAUGCCAAUGAGGUGGACUACAUACCAGAGAAGAACUAAUGCAGCACUAAGUUAAGCCAUAUGCUAAUGAAUAUGUAUACCAACUAAUAAAUUAUUUUGCUCUUUAUGGGAUGAGCAUCUCCUAUUUAUUAAA